AUGUCAUCCUAUCGAAAUAGCCCUCGGCGGCAAUCUCACGCCAUUGAUCUGUCCGUGCCCUCCUCCAACAUCAAUCGCAACAACUCGACAACCUCGACAGCCUCCUCUGGCUACUCGUACUCCUCUGAAAGCAGCGCCAACAGCCAGUCUACCUCUGCAAGUAGCAUUUACGGAUCUCACGCUGGCCAUAAGCGCGGCCAGAGCGAUGUCAUAGCACGGGCACGAUUCUUCGAGACUGGGGAGGCCAGCGGCUCUAGUUCGACCAAAGGCCAGGACAACCCGUAUGGCUCAAUCCGACAAUCGCUUCGUCCUCUACCGCAGGCUCCAGCUGCUUCUCCCACCAAAGGCCCGGCGACACCACCUCAUCUUUCCAAGCCGCGCGAAAGAGGCCAGAGCAUUGACAUUGGCCGGUUAUCGCUGUCGCAGCAGGAUGGCUUCACCUCACCCACAAAGACUCCGACUCCUUCGCGACCCUUGCCAGCACGACCAAAGUCAAUGUACAUGCCUCGGGCUGAGCCUGCUAUUCCGGAAGACGAGAUCAUGUCGCCGACCUCGCCCCCAGUUCCCACUCACAGCGCUCACAUAGCCAGGCCGGAUCUUGAGCGCCUGGGCCGAUCUUCAACAAGCCAGCUUCGAACGCUCUCUCAACUUGCCAAAUCCAAGGAUGCAGAAGACUUUAGCAUCACGUCGCCUGCGCAGGAAGUAGUUGGUCUCCGCGGACGGCGCAGGCUACAGCGCGCCGACAAGGCUGCUGGUGGCCGCGGCUCCAAGACAAACUAUGGGUGGGAAGGUCGUAACUGGAUGGAUAAGCAACGCCAGUUCCUUGCAGCAUACGAGUACCUCUGCCACAUAGGUGAAGCCAAAGAGUGGAUCGAGGAUGUCAUCCAGCAGACUCUUCCGCCCAUUAUUGAGUUGGAAGAGGCAUUGCGGGAUGGUGUUACCCUGGCAGAAGUGGUAGAGUCUCUGAACCCCGAUAGGCGUUUUCGAAUAUUCAGAAAUCCAAAGUUACAAUUCCGACAUUCCGACAAUAUUGCCAUCUUCUUCCGUUACCUGGACGAGGUGGAGCUGCCCGAUCUGUUUCGUUUUGAGCUUAUAGAUCUCUACGAAAAGAAGAAUAUCCCCAAAGUUAUUUACUGUAUUCACGCCUUGAGUUGGCUUCUCUUUCGAAAAGGAAUUGUUGAUUUCCGUAUCGGUAACCUUAUUGGACAACUGGAGUUUGAACAUCAUGAACUGGAGGCGAUGCAGAAGGGGUUGGACAUGCUUGGGGUUAACAUGCCCAGCUUCGGCAACAUGGGGGCUGAUUUUGGAGUCCCCGAGCCAGAGCCAGAGCCAGAGGAGACGGAAGAGGAGAGGAUCGACCGCGAACUGGCAGAGAAUGAAGAUGUAAUAAUCGACUUCCAGGCUCAGCUUCGUGGCGCAUUGCUCCGGCUGAACCUUGGCGAGAUGAUGCAAGGCUUCUGGGACCAAGAAGAGUGGCUGAUUGACCUACAAGCAAGAAUUCGCGGUGGCUUCGCUCGUGAAGUCAUCAACUACCGACUACAAAUGAGGCAAUCGGCUAUCCUCGUCCAGAGCCUGGUCCGCGGAUUCCUUGUUCGAAGAAAGCUUAAGAAGAGUGACCAAGAUAGGAAAGCCGCAGAGCCUGCCAUCCUGGCCUUUCAGAGCAUGCUUAGAGCACAAAAAGUGCGUCACGAGAUGCAGGGCCUCAAGUCUACCAUGGCUACGUGCGAUGCUCCCAUUAGGGCCAUUCAAGCCAUGGCCAAGGGCUUCAUGCUACGUCAAUCUCAGAAUAUGCAGCAGCAAGAGACGGAAAAGGCCGCGGUGGAAGUGCAAAAUCUCCAGGCGCUCGCUCGAGGCAUGCUGAAGCGUCUCCAGAUCAGCAAAGACACACGCCAGCUAGAGAAACACACUCUAGGGGUUGCUGACCUCCAAGCUGCCGUGAGGGCGACAUUGGUACGAACAAGGAUCGAGAGGCAGCAGCAGGAGCUUGAGUCAUUUACCGACCAAGAUCUUCAUGCUUUGAGUAAUGUAUGGACGUCGUUUCAAAGUGCGAUUCGUGGCCGCGCUGCUCGAGAUCAGCAAGAGGUUCUCAAGGCUGAACUGGCGGAGCAUGUACCCAUGGUUGGCAAGCUCCAAGCAGCGAUGCGUGCGGCCGCUGUGAGGCGAGACAUUGAGACUCGUCUCGACGGCUUGAAGAAAAAUGAGCCCGAGAUUAUCGAGCUCCAAGCGCAUAUACGAGCCAUGUUUGAGAGGAAUAGAGUCCAUGCCAUUCAGCAGCACCUCGAACAGGACGAAUCGGCAAUCAUAACACUUCAAGCGCACAUUCGAGGCUGUCUGUACCGGGGAUACCAUGCCGAUAUAUUGGAUGAGCUGGCAUCUCACGAUGCAGAGACAGCUGAGUUUCAAGCUAUCCUCAAGGCCAUGAUGGAGCGCGCAAGAAUAGACGACCUGCUUACCGAGCUUCUCGAAGAAGAGGACUCCAUUGUCAUUUGCCAAGCCGCUGCUAAAGCUUUCCUGAUUAGAGCCCGGUUUGAGGAGAAGAUGCGGUACUAUGAAGAGCAUAUGAAAAAGGUCAUCAAGAUUCAGAGCUUUAUGCGUGCCAAGGUGCAGGGCGAGGCGUACAAGAGCCUUACCACGGGCAAAAACCCACCGGUCAGCGCCGUCAAGAACUUUGUGCAUCUGCUCAACGACAGUGAUUUUGACUUCAACGAAGAAGUCGAGUUUGAGCGGAUGCGAAAGACUGUAGUCCAGUCUGUGCGACAAAACGAGAUGUUGGAACAGUACAUUGACCAGCUGGAUAUCAAGAUUGCGCUGCUGGUCAAAAACAAGAUCACGCUUGAUGAAGUCGUGCGUCACCAGCACACCUUUGGCGGACACUCCAUGGGCCUGCUGGCCAACUCUACCAUUGCGUCGACGAAUCAGUUUGACCUCAAAGCUCUCAACAAAAGCUCCAGGAAGAAGCUGGACUCGUACCAGCAACUGUUCUUCAGUCUUCAGACGCAGCCCCAAUAUCUCGCCCGACUGUUCAAACAUAUCCGCGUGCAGGGGACGGCCGAGAAGGAAACUAGACGCAUUGAGCUUCUUAUGAUGAGCCUCUUUGGCUAUGCUCAGAAACGACGAGAGGAAUACUACCUGCUGAAGCUGAUAGCUCGAGCAAUAAGAGAAGAGGUUGAGAGCGCAUCAAGCGCUGUGGAGUAUUCCCGGGGUCAUUAUUUCUGGACCAAGCUGCUCGCCAACUACACACGGUCUCCGCGGGAUCGCAAAUACCUCCGAUCUCUUCUGGGGCCCAUGAUCCGCGACAACAUUAUCGAUGACCCAGCUCUUGAUCUGGAAAGUGACCCGAUGCAAAUAUACAGAUCGGCAAUUAAUAACGAGGAGCUUCGAACGGGACGACCAGACCAUCGACCACUAGACGUGCCACGCGAAGUUGCCAUCCGCGAUCCCGAGACACGCCGCCUCUUCAUCGACCACUUGCGAGAUUUGCGAGAGAUUUGCGAUCAGCUGUUUCUGGCCUUGGAAGAACAAGUGCAUAAGAUGCCUUAUGGCCUCCGUUUUGUCUGUAGCGAGAUGUUCCAAGCAUUGUGCGAGCACUUUUCCAAUGAGCCGCAGGAAAAUCUGUUACAAAUGGUGUCUCACUGGCUGUGGAAAUUCUACCUCCAGCCCGCCGUCACUGCGCCUGAAAACUUUGGCGUGAUUGACAAGUCGCUCAGCCCUCUGCAGAAGCGGAAUCUGGGCGAAGUGGCCAAGGUGGUAGGGCAAAUUGCACUUGGUCGGCCAUUUGGCGGCGAGAAUAUCUACCUGCAGCCCCUGAAUGCCUUCAUCGGUGAAUCCAUGGAACGGCUGCAUCAGAUUGCCAAUGAUCUCAUCGCGGUGCCUGACCCCGAGAGGACAUUUGAUAUUGACGAGUUCAACGACUUGUACGCGAAAAAUAAGCCCACCUUGUACGUCAAAAUGUCGGAUGUCUUUGCCAUUCAUAACCUUGUAGCUGCGGAGCUCUUGGUCAUGUCUCCCACCCGGGACGAUGUCCUGCGCGAAAUCAUGCAAGAUCUGGGUAGCGCCAAGAGCAACGAGAAUGAGAUGAGUGCGGCAGGAUCAGCGGAUAUCCAAAUGUUCCUGACCCCCAGGGUCCACGACCUUGAAGACCCCGAGGCAGAUAUCAAAGCUUUGUUUAUGGAAACGAAGCGAUGUGUUUUGUACAUCAUUCGAGUGCAAACCGGCGCCAACUUGUUGGAAAUUCUCGUGAAGCCAAUUAACCCCGAAGAUGAGGACAAGUGGGAGGCGCUGCUGCGAGAGGAGUUUCCUCAAAACAGCACCUCCCGCGGGGCGUAUUCAGACGCUAAGAUGGCUGACAUCACCACCAUGUCCUACUACGACCUAAAGCGAACGGCAUUGGAGAACAUUAUGCAUCUGGAGCAGAUGGGGAGGAUCUCAAAGCAGAAUCAGUACCAAGACGUACUCAACGCCAUUGCUAGUGAUAUCCGAACCCAGAGCCGUAGACGAGUUCAGAGACAACGAGAACUAGAUGGCGUGCGUCUGACCCUUGGCAACUUGAACGACAAGGCAAAGUAUCUGGAACAGCAGCGUAAAAGCUACGACGACUAUAUUGAGCAAGCCAUGAAGACGCUUCAGAACAAGAAAGGACGAAAGCGUUUCCUUAUGCCCUUUACAAAGCAGUACAACCACCAGCGAGAGCUCGAACGCAGUGGCCGCGUGCCAAAAUUCGGAAGCUACAAGUAUAGUGCACGAGCAUUGUCAGAAAAAGGCGUCCUAGUUGCGUGGACUGGAACUGCAGACCGAGAAUGGGACAAGAUCGACGUGACAAUCUCAUGCGACCAGGUUGGCGUGUUUUCAAUUGAAGGCACGCGAAGCCAUAUUCAGAUUCCCGGAGCAAUUGCGCAGGUGCCGAUUGAAGACAUGCUUCAAGCACAGUUUGAGGCGCACCAAUUCAUGACGCUGUUUGAGGGUGCCCUCAAACUCAAUGUGAACCUACUGCUGCAUCUCAUCUACAGGAAAUUCUACCGGACGCAGUGA